AUGAGUGCAGACAAGGACAUAGAAGCUACCUUGAAGGAAGAGGUUAAGGAGGAGCUCAAGGAAGCUGUCAAAGCGGAUAUCAAGGACGAGCCGAAAGAGGACAAGGAAGAGCACAUCAGUAAUCUCAAGGUUGAGGACGUUGCUGCUCCCGCCUCGGCUGACACUGCAAUGCCCGAAGCCCUGGUGGCUGACCCCCCAGUGUCUGCUCUCUCAGCAGAGACUUCUGCUUCGGAGCACACUGCUGCUGAAGAGACCGGAUCCAAAGAACCCGUGUCUGAAGAGAUCGAUUCGCAGGGCACCACCACCAAGGAGGCUGCUCCUAAGGAAUCCGCUUCCCGAGAGGAUGCUCCUCAAGAGGCUGCUGCUGUGCUCACUACCGCAGCAGUGGUGACCGCGGCAGCUGCUACAGAAGCAGUUGCGGAAAAGGCCGCCAGCCUCUCGGCGCCUGAAGUCAAGACUGCAAAGCCCCUUGACGAUUUCGAGGAUGUUCCAGACCCAGAUGAAGAUGAUCUGGACGACCUGGAUGAUAUGUUGGACGAGUUUUCGGCAGUCAAGAUCGAUCAACCUAAGCCUGUGGAAGCUGCUGCUGCUAUUAAACCAGAAGCUCCAAAAGACACAGCUCCCUCUGGCAAGCAGCCUGAAGUUGAGGAUGCAUUUUCAGAAGAAGAGUUUGCCAAACAGUUACAGGCUGGUAUGGCUGAUCUCCUAGGCGAGCUUGAACAGUCCCCGGACAUGCAAGCUCAAUUCGAGGACAUCUUUAAGCACAUCGCUGCGGCGGAAGGGGCUGGUGAUGCGCCACCUCCAAGCUCCUCAAAAGGGCCAGCAUCUCAACCACCGCCCGAGGAUGCAUCUUUCCAAGAUACCAUUAAGCGGACAAUGGAGAGGAUGCAGGCGUCAGGGGACCAAGCUACGGCUGCUGCUGCCUCAGGGUCCGGCGAUGACUUCAUGUCCGAGAUGCUCAAGCAAUUAUCCUCAGGCGAUCUUGGCGACCUAGGAGGCGAGGGCAGUGAAGAGGAGUUCUCCAAAAUGCUCAUGGGCAUGAUGGAGCAGCUCACCAAUAAGGAAAUCCUCUACGAACCUAUGAAGGAGCUUGAUGAGAAGUUUCCAGAGUGGCUGAUCAAGAAUCGUGACGCGACACCCAAGGAGGAUUUGAAGCGGUAUGAGGAACAACAAUCCAUCGUGCGUCAGAUAGUGGCCAAGUUCGAAGAGAAGACAUACUCGGAUUCCAACGCGACGGAUCGUGAGUUUAUCGUGGACAAAAUGCAAAAGAUGCAAGCAGCAGGAUCGCCACCCUCUGAUCUUGUUGGAGACAUGCAAUCGGCCCAAGAUGCCCUCAACCCAGGAGAUGAAGCCUGUAAUCCGCAGUAG